UUUCUGACCAAAAAGGAAUUUUGAAUCAAAUGUGUGGUACAGAAAAACAAUUAGGAUAAGGUGAAUGAGCUUUACAUUACUGCAGUUUAUGGACACAGACGAAGGCAUUUUGAGAGAGAACGUGGCAGGAGAAGUUUCGAGCUUAUAUUUGUGUUGUGCAAUAAACACCUACAAGUGUUCUUAUUAAAGCAAACUAGUGGUCCUUGAAAGCUAUGUUUGCUCAAACUAUCCUUCGAUUUCUGAAAUGUAACAAGAACCUUCUUUAUUCUUAAGCAAGCGUGAAAAACUGUAUUUGACAGUAUUCUCCAUAGCCUCUGCUAAAACAAAUGUUGGAAACCUGUGCCCUGAAUGGCAUAUUGUAGUUUUGUACAGUAUAUUGUUACAUAUAUAGUUUAGAUUGUGGCUAGCAAUCCCAAGUGGAGUAGGACAAGCUUUGUGUGACAAAAUGGUUCUUCGUGAAAUACAGUGCUCCUACAAACGCCUUGAAGUUUCCUGAUUGCUUUGACUCUGUAUAAGCUUUCUUAUACAUGUCUUUUUUGUCUUUAUAAAAUCUUUAAACAAUUUUGUAUAUCUUUGGACAUAUAAAAACAGAGCACUCACAAUGUGGACUUUUCUGGGCAUUGCUUCCUUUAUCUAUGUCUACAAAAAAUGUGGAGAUUUGCUAAGUUAUGCCAACAAGGAGAUGCUCAUUUCCACGCUGGUGUUUUUUUCUCUUGGCUUGAUGCUCUCUUACUGGUACCGAUCAUGGGGACCCCAACCGCAGAAUAAGCAGCAGCCUCAUUGUGGAAUGUUUUCCAAUUUUCUUGCUGCCUUGCCAUUUGUUGGCUUUUUCUGGACUAAAUCCCAUGCUGAUUCUACGGAGAAGAAGCCAAAGAUCAAAAGGGGUAUAAGAGGUGUCAUUCCUUCACCUGACAAUAGAACAGAAACUGAUUCAGCUUCAACAGCCACAGUUCAAUCUGGUCCAGAAGUGAUCAUUGUAGGGGCUGGCGUCCUUGGCUCUGCUCUGGCAGCGGUGCUGGCCCGGGAUGGAAGGAGAGUGACGGUCAUUGAGCGAGAUCUGAAGGAACCUGAUAGGAUUGUUGGAGAACUCUUACAGCCAGGAGGUUAUAACACUCUAAAAGAUCUGGGCCUUCAAGAUGCUGUGGAAGGUAUAGAUGCUCAUAUAAUAAAUGGCUACAUCAUUCAUAAUCUUGAAAACAAGGCAGAGGUUGAGAUUCCUUACCCUUGCACAGCAGCUGGGCAAGUACAGAACGGAAAAGCAUUUCAUCAUGGACGUUUCAUCAUGGGUCUCCGAAGGGCAGCCAUGUCAGAACCCAAUGCAAAAUUUAUUGAGGGGACGGUGAUACAAUUGCUUGAAGAAGAUGAAUGUGUAGCUGGAAUUGUAUACAAAGAUAAAGAAACUGGUGAUACAAAGGAACUCCAUGCACCCUUAACGGUGGUUGCUGAUGGUCUGUUUUCCAAAUUUCGAAAAAAUCUUAUCUCCAGCAAAGUUAAAGUCUCUUCUCAUUUUGUAGGAUGCAUUUUGAAGAAUUCUCCUCAGUUUAAAGCCAAUUACGCCGAGCUUGUUUUGGGAAAUCCUAGCCCAGUGCUUAUCUAUCAGAUUUCUUCCACUGAAACUCGAGUUCUUGUUGACAUUGUGGGCGAAAUGCCAAAAAAUCUUAAGGAAUACAUGGUUGAAAAGAUUUAUCCACAGCUACCAGAACACAUUCAAGAGCCUUUCCUAAUAGCAGUACAGAAUGAACGUCUGAGAGUCAUGCCAGCGAGCUUUUUACCGCCUUGUCCUGUUAAUAAAGGAGGAGUCGUCCUCCUAGGAGAUGCUUACAAUAUGAGGCACCCUUUGACAGGCGGAGGAAUGAGUGUUGCUCUGAAUGAUAUCAAGAUCUGGAGAUGUUUGCUACAGACCAUUCCGGACCUGUAUGAAGACUCUGCUCUACUGCAAGCCAAAAAGACCUUCUACUGGACAAGAAAGAAGUCUCAUUCCUUUGUUGUGAAUGUUCUUGCUCAGGCGCUUUAUGAAUUAUUUGCUGCAACGGAUGAUUCUCUGCACAAGUUAAGGAGAGCCUGCUUCCUUUAUUUCAAGCUUGGGGGCAAGUGUGUGUCUGGUCCAGUUGGAUUACUUUCCAUUUUGUCUCCAAAGCCCAUUGUCCUGAUCGGCCAUUUCUUUGCCGUCGCCCUCUACGCCAUUUACUUUUGUUUCAAAUCCGAAUCGUGGAUCACCAAACCUCGGGCCAUUUUCAGCAGCCUCGCAGUGAUGUACCGAGCUUGCUCUGUCAUAUUCCCACUUAUAUAUUCUGAAAUGAAAUACUUCAUCUACUGAAUACAGCGGGGCAAAGAGACGGGAAGAGGAACCGCUUGGAUUUCUUUGCGUCUUCCCGAUGGGCCCGCUCUCUUAUUAAGUCGAAAAGACAACAGCAGCAACAAAGCUGUUGGCCUGAGAUCUUGCGGUGGCGAUUUGAGGUUUAUAAGCACAUAGAUAAUCUUGUCAAACAAGGGUAUGUUGAAA